AUGUCCGCCUCCAAGGAAUUCACCCUCAAGGAGAUCGCCGAGCACAACACCAAGAAGGAUCUCUACCUCAUCGUCCACGAUAAGGUCUACGACUGCACCAGCUUCGUCGAUGAGCACCCCGGUGGUGAGGAGGUCCUCCUCGAUGUAGCCGGCCAGGACAGCACAGAGGCCUUCGAGGACGUCGGCCACAGUGACGAGGCCCGCGAGAUCCUCGAGGGUCUGCUGGUCGGUACUGUAAAGCGCCUGCCCGGCGACCCUGCCCCCCGUGCUCAGCCUGCCCCCUCUUCCUCUGCUCCCUCAGGCGCUGCUGCCUCGUCCAGCGGGUUCGGCAUGUACGCCGUCCUGGUUGUCUGCGCUGCCGUCGCUUACGGUGCCUACCAGUACCUCCAGGCCAAUUCUCAGCAGCAGUAG